AUGAUAGGCAGUGUAGAGUGUAGACAUUAAUUCCAAUUGCACAACCCUAAAAAGAAUCUUCACCCAAAAUCCCAAUAUUUGCUUGGAGAAAAAACUCCCUCGCUGAGUCUUCAAUGUUUCAACCAUUACUGAUUCUCCAGUAAUCAAACGUCUGUAAACCCUAAUUCAUCAAUAUAAUCAGUAAGAGAGAAAAUGCCUUCUCAGAAGAUUGAGACUGGUCAUCAAGACACAGUUCAUGAUGUGGCUAUGGAUUACUAUGGCAAGCGCAUUGCAACUGCCUCAUCUGAUCACUCAAUCAAGAUAAUUGGGGUUAACAAUAGCAAUAACACUUCCCAGCAGCUGGCUCAGCUCACUGCCCAUCAAGGACCUGUUUGGCAAGUAUCCUGGGCUCACCCAAAGUUUGGAUCUUUGCUUGCUUCAUGUUCUUAUGAUGGGCGUGUCAUAAUAUGGAAGGAGGGCAACCAGAAUGAGUGGACUCAAGCUCAUGUUUUUGAUGACCACAAAUCAUCGGUUAACUCUAUUGCUUGGGCACCUCAUGAGGUUGGUCUUUGUUUGGCGUGUGGCUCCUCAGAUGGAAAUAUAUCAGUUUUUACUGCACGACCAGAUGGUGGAUGGGACACUUCCAGAAUCGAUCAAGCUCACCCAGUUGGUGUAACUUCUGUUUCUUGGGCACCAUCGACAGCGCCUGGUGCUCUUGUUGGUUCUGGUUUGCUUGACCCUGUUCAGAAGCUUUGCUCUGGUGGUUGUGACAAUACUGUCAAAGUUUGGAAGCUCUACAAUGGAACUUGGAAGAUGGACUGCUUUCCAGCUCUUCAAAUGCACACUGAUUGGGUAAGAGAUGUCGCAUGGGCACCUAACUUGGGCCUUCCAAAGUCCACUAUUGCUAGUGCUUCUCAGGAUGGGAAGGUUAUUAUAUGGACUGUGGGAAAGGAAGGGGAUCAAUGGGAGGGUAAGGUGUUGCAUGAUUUCAAGACUCCUGUUUGGAGAGUCUCAUGGUCCCUCACUGGAAACAUAGUGGCUGUUGCUGAUGGGAAUGACAAUGUCACUCUAUGGAACGAAGCUGUAGAUGGGGAGUGGCAACAGGUGACUACAGUUGAUUCCUAGAUCUUCAGUCCUUUCCCAAUUCCCAUAUGUUAAGAACUUGUUUUUCCCUUGUGUUCUUCCAUAGUUGGAGUGUUUUAAACAUGUCAGAUAUUUGGGCCUUCAUUUCUUGAAUUUCAUGUAGCUUGCAACUUAAAUCCAUAUUGUUCUUUGAAUGCAUAGAUCAUCUCUAUCAUUAUUUAUCA